AGGAGUACGGUAAAGAAAUUGACUUCCGGGUUGUGUUUUCCUUAUUCAUACAAAGUGUAUGACCGUUAAACACUCCAAUAGCGAUCAAUAAGACAGAGAAUUUUCAAAGAAGUAUGAGAAAUGGAUGAGGACUUGCAGUCCUAGGAAGCGGUAUAACCUUUCAUAGACUGCCUGGCGGUGAAUCUCGGGAAUUUCCAUCACCAUGGCGAUGACUAAGGUGAAGAAGCUUCAAAUGUGGUGUAAGACGAUAGUGGAAGGGUAUCGGGAUGUCUCUGUGACGGACAUGACGUCAUCAUGGAAGGACGGACUGGCAUGCUGUGCUAUCAUCCAUCGCUUUAGGCCAGACCUCAUAGAUUUUGAUUCACUGUCGAAGGAAAAUGUUUUUGAGAACAAUCAGUUGGCUUUUGAGGUGGCUGAGAACGAGUUGGGGAUUCCAGCAUUACUGGAGGCUGAGGACAUGGUAGCGAUCCGGGUUCCAGACAGACUCAGUGUGGUUACCUACGUAUCCCAGUACUACAAUUACUUUCAUGACAAACCACAGUUGGGCGGACCUGGUGUACAGAAGACCAGUUCCUUAAAACGACACAAGACUCACGAGGAUUCACCAGGUCCACAACCGAAACGAAUGACGCCUCAAAAACAAACCAAUGACCAAACAAUCGAGAAGAAGAGUUCCAUUGGUGAUAAAUGUACACUCUGCCAUGAGAAGGUGUACCUUAUGGAGAGAUUGAUGGAGAACAAUAAACUCUACCACCGUACAUGCUUUCGACAGAGUGAUUUGUCUCCAACAAGCAAGAUAUAUGCUCGUCCAAAUUCACCAGAACAGCAGAGCUACUGGCAAAAGCGUGCUAAGGGUAGCGGAAAAUCUCAAAACCUUGCAGCUAGGUUGAAUGUUUUGAAAGAGAGUACACCUUCUGCUAAACCAUCUGUUGAUCACUCACAAGUAUCAAACAAAAUAGAGAGUAAAGACACUUCGCCAAAAAAACAGGUGCUACCAGAGAAACACCCUCAAACAAUCAAGUCAGACACUACAUCAAAAUCGGUUUCUCCGAACAGAAAUGUGAUUAGUGAGAAAACAGCAAUUCAGGUGUCACCACGUAUACCAAGAAAGAAACCUCACCCCAUGGAUACCUCCAUUGCUUCCCCUGGACAGAACUCUCCUGCGUCCCCAAGGGAACAAUCUCCAGUGUCUGUAGGGGGUAAGCUAAAACCAAGAGCCACACCUAGGGGUAGUAUCAAAUCAAAAGAUGACUCCAAGUCUGUUGUUGUUCCCCCCAGGAAAAAGUCUCCUAAAGCAACAAAUGUGCCAUCUGUUUCCCCACCUCCGUUACCUGCCUCCUUGCCCCCUUCUUUGCUGUCAAAGGGAGGUAAGCAGGACCUGAAUCAUUCCACUUCUCUUGUAUCUCCCCCAGUCCCCAAAAAUAAAGAACCCUCAGUGGAGAAACAUUCAUCAGGAAUGAUGCCUCCCCCUAGAACAAAGUCUCCACCGAGGUUAAAGUCUUCAUCUAAUUUUGAAUCUCCUAUGGAAACAUCUGCUUCUCCUGUGAAUUUUAAAACUGACAGAAAUAAAGCUGUUUCUCCAGUGAAUUCACAAACUCCAUCUGAUCUUAAAUCUAGAAACACCCCAGUGUUACUAUCAAAGAAUGAAAAAGAAGAGCCAGUAGUAGAUACAACACCACCUAAAAAACCUCCAAGGUCACUACCAAGGGGGACAACUCCUAGGGAUAUGGAGGAAGUUGGAAGGCUCCCAAAACAAGAUAUUUCACCUGCAACAAAACAAAGAGAAGAAGGAAAUGUGUUGAGAGGACUUCUUAAGAAUCUAGCGAAUGUACGAAAUAAAGAGGAAGGUGUAAAUUCCUCAGAACACAAAGACAAAAUGACCUCAGACACAUCUCAUGCCGAUAAGCCAAAACUGGUGCCCGACGGUGAACAGCCAAAACAUCGUGUGAUGAAGCGUGUAGUGAUACCUCCCUAUAAAACGGAGGCUGAAAAAUCUACAGGAAAUGAAAUAAAGGAUGUAAAAGCACCCGUCAGGCCGUCUAAACAGCCAGGAGAGAACCAACCACUGAAUGAAAUUAACACACAAGAUAAUGUCCCUGCUUGGAAGAAUCGUGGGAUUCAGCUUGAUAAGACAAACAACGAUGAUGAUAGAAAGUUAGGUGGAGGGAAAGACACAAAAAAUAUAGAAAAUUUGGAUGUCGGCAAAGUUGAUAAAAAAACAAAAGAUAAAAUAGAUAUUAAAGAUCGACCUGUCAGACCAAAGACUCCAGAGAUCGUGUCAAAGAAAGUUGGCAGGGAUGAAGAUAGUAAGGGGCAGUGGAAGGCAGAGAGAAGUGUUAGUAAAUGGCAGUCAGAGGGAGAGAAAAGUGUGGCUAAUACAGAUUCACAAGCUGGAACACACAAAAUAGCUGUGAAUAAAACAGAUGUACAAAAAUCAGUAGAAAACAACAUGGCUCAGCCAGAAGAGAAAUCGGGGAAGAAACCUCAACUGAAGAACAAAGUUACGAUUCCUCCACCGGAAACUGACACAGAAAAACCAGGAAAUUUUAGAAAAAAUUUAAAGAAAAUUACGGUAAAUACAAAAUUUGAUUUUGAAGAAACAGAUUUGAAGGAGAGCUCUAAAUCACCUCCUCCACGCCCCCCUCAACCGUCUCCUCACAAUAUUAAGGAGCCAAGACGUUCCAUUAAGAAACAAAAACCUCCAACCACCCCAAGAUCUCCUGGCUGGCUGAAAGAUGGAGACUUCCGGAAAAUGUCGCCAAUGGAAAUCCAAAGUGAACUAGCCCACAUUGACUCAAAAUUGACAGAUCUUGAGAAACGUGGACGCCGUUUGGAAGACUCUAUCAGAAAAGCCCCUGAGGAGGAUGAAACAAUGAUGAUGGAAUGGUUUCAGAUGGUCAAUGACAAAAAUGAAUUGGUCAGGAAGGAAGCAGACCUUAUAUAUGCAUCUAGGACACAGGAACUAGAGGACGAACAACAAGAUAUUGAUAGGCAAAUCCGAGAGCUGCUGGAAAAACCAGAUGGAGAAAAAACAGAGGAGGAGAAACAGGAGGAAGAGCUACUAUUACAGAAACUGAUAGACGUUGUCAAUCAACGCAGUAUUAUCGUGGACAGUCAGGAUGACGACAGAAUCAGAUAUCUGGAAGAGGACCGUGAUAUUGCUGUCAUGCUUGAAUCAAAAGGUUUUGCAAAGAAAAUAGGCUGAAUCAACACAGCAGAACUGAAAGAAUGUGACAACAGUGGAAUCUUCGUUAAUGUACAUCUCUAUGUAUCAGCUACCGCACCUUAGCAGACUGCCUACAAUCAAAGUUCAGAAUUGAACAUGUUUUUAUGAUGGUGGAGUUAACUACUGCAAACAUUCCAGUGACUUUGUUCGUUAUAUGCUAGCCUUGCCAUAGGGUCUUAAAUGUUUUCUUUUCAAAAUGCUGCUAGUCUUGAUACAGCUAAGCAGGUUUUGAGUUGAUUUUGUUUUGGGCAUUGUUGGGUCAAGAAAUGGUAGAUAGUUUGGAUGAAGUAUGUGGCCCUUCAGACCCAAGCAUCUGGUAUUGUUAGUUCUAUAUUCAUAAAUGAAUCAGAUUUUUAAUCAGUGUUCCCGAAUAAUGCAAAGGAGAGCCCUUUGAAAUCAGGAGUGUAAGUCUUGAAUUUCAUUAAUAUGUUUGGUUUUUGACCCUCAUUUAGGGGUAAUGGGGAACAUUAUUUAGCUUCAUGAAUGUUCCUGGAAAUAUUUCUUGGUUAAACAUGAACCAAAGAUAUAAAUCGUAUGGCGUCCAUCCUUUAACGUCCUGCAGGAUAGGGCUAUAUUAGAUACAGAAACUGUCAUCAGACUUGGUUAUGAUGAAAAUGAUAUCUCUUUAUCGAUAAAAAUCAGUUGGAUGAAAUUCAUCUCCGAUUUUCAUAGGUAAAUUUUGAAGAUUGGAAAUCUAAGAGUAUAUUCUGACCACUAAACCUGAGGGGCCACACACUAAAACAGUGAGAUAGGCUAACAAUUCAUCUACCUAUUUCUACAGACCCAUAUAUUUGUAGUUGUAGAGUGCUAGAGUUUUAUGAGAGGGAAGAUGUCAAGGUGCUUUAUCAAAAUUGUAAAUGUCAAAAUAUUAAUACUCCUGCUGGAAGGGAGUUUGUGUUUAUGUCUUGAUAAAUUUUUGUUACUUUUUUAUUGCUAGGAAAUAAGUUAUUACUAUAGUUAAUUGACUGUUUGUUUGGUGGUCUGGUAAUUACCAUAUGAGAAGUUUACCCAAACUUCACAACUUUAAGGAUCUAUAUACAUUUUAUGAUAAAUUUAAGUACACUGUACAAGAAAUUUCAAGGAUCUGUGAACAUUUUAUGAUAAUUUUAAGUACACUUUACAAGAAAUUUCAAGGAUCUGUGUACAAUUUAUGAUAAAUUUAAGUACACUGUACAAGAAAUUUCAAGGAUCUGUGAACAUUUUAUGAUAAAUUUAAGUACACUGUACAAGAAAUUUCAAGGAUCUGUGAACAAUUUAUGAUAAAUUUAAGUACACUGUACAAGAAAUUUCAAGGAUCUGUGAACAAUUUAUGAUAAAUUUAAGUACACUGUACAUAUAUUGGAAGGCUGUACAUAUGUUUUAUAACGAGUACUAGAAAUUGUGUACAACACUUUUAAAACCUUUGGUAUAUAUUGGUGUUGUCUACUGGUGCCAUGUCUGUAUUAAUUUUCUGCAAAGCCACAGCUGCCAUAUUUAGCAUUUUCUAAACUUGUUAACUGCACUUAGAAUCUGAUAUAUCAACAUACAUAUCAAAAUAAAUAAUUUAAUAAAAAUUGCGAUAACAAUGUUAGAUAUUUAUACACAGCUGUAUGCCUUGCUACACUAAGCUGGGUAGUAGCUGUACAAGUCUCCAUUUUUCUGUAUGUCAGACUGUCUGACAACACUAGUGACUAUAUUUCUUUACAAAAUUUCAGCUUUACAGCUUUUUUCUGCUUGGAAUAGAUCUGGGACAAGUUUCUGUACUUGAAUGAUCAUUUACAGGGCAUUAAAUAGAAGAAUUUCACAAUCAUAACAUCCUUUAUACAACACAUUUCAUCGAAAAACCUGAGUGGACCUUAAUGCGUUGACCUUGGAUUUUUAGAACUGCCUGAUAAAAAUUUCAAGAUCACUAUUUUCUAAAAAUAGAAUUUCACUCUCUCAGCCCUCUUUAUCACCCAACUAGAUCUAUUUUCAAUCAAACUAAACACACCUGUUUGUCCUUGACAUACCUUUAACAGUAUUUAAAGUGCUGAUAUUCUUAUUGGUCAGAAGAUUGAGGUCAUAAUUUUUACAAAAAAAAAAAGAAUUGACUGAAAAUUGCAUGUGUUUAUAUAAUCAGCUCGACUGAUUGAGAUGAAACUUAAGAUCUUGUUUUGGAAUUUCUCUGUUCAAGGAUUAUGACAUUUUUUAACUGAGGUCAUGUUUACUGUUAAUACUGUUGUCGUUUCUAUGGUAAAACAAAGUUUACUAUUGUGAAAGUUUGUUUAUAGUUUAUCAUCUACGUUAUAU